UGUUCACACUGGUCUCACUCAGUUUUGCUCUGUCCUUCGAAGCUUUGUGAGCGCGCGGUAGUAUUGUUUCUUCACUCGAACCGAAUCGGGUUCAGAUGUGGAUUAUUUUCGGAAAGUUUUUCGCAACCGUACCAGAAGGGGGAAAACUAGUUUAAUUACGUCAUAACAAUUAGGGGAACGAGUAGGCAAAGCUGGAAAGUGCUGUCUGUGGAAAGUUUGUUCCAGCCAAAUCGAUAUCGAGGUCUCAAAUUUGGAUUUAUUGCGGAGAACGUAGUCAGUUAGAUAUGUGUAUUUUCGAGAUCAAUCUUUUCUCAACUGGAGUACCAAGACGACACAGUCACCACCAGCAUCUGCAUCAUCAUCAUUCUGCUCUGAGCAAAGCGGAAAGAGCGAAAUCAACGUGUUAGAGAGAGAGAGAGUGAGAGAGUGCAACUGCAUCACUCGUUUUGUAAAUAAAAAUAAAACUAAUAGCAACUGCACCUUGGAAAGCCCAGCUGCAGUGUUGUUCGCUCAGUCUCCAUUCGACCGUCGCGGCUUUCAGAUAGUCGUUUAGUUUUCCGUUUCUCCUCUUCAGACUAUCCUCUUUUUUCCCCGGGACAUAAAAAAAGGCAUCAAAUAAAAUGACCGCACAAGUUCUAUCGAUACCUCGGGAUUACCCGGAUAAUAAAGUGAAGGAAGAUUACGGUAUGACGGGACCAUCGGUCACGUAUCAUAUGGAAGUUACUCGGCUGGAUUCGUUCAAGAAUUGGGACAUCUUGUUUAUUAGCAAGACGGAACUCGCUCGCUAUGGGUUCUACUAUGUGGGACCGAACGAUAUGGUUAAGUGUUACUUCUGUCGGGUCGAGAUUGGAUUGUGGGAACCGACCGAUAAUGUGCUUUCGGAACAUUUGAGAUGGUCCCCGUACUGUCCGUUGCUGCGAAAACGUCCAACAAAUAAUGUGCCCAUUGAUAGCAGUUUUUUGGAUCAGCUGCCGGAACCUAGCUACGAUACGUGUGGCAUUCGGAUUCGUGAAAAUUCCGUUGCAGAAAAUGGUUACUCGUCGUCGGAUAGAAGCAGCAGCGGAUCAUUGACGUCCCCACCUAGUUCACUGACAUCAGAAUCUAGCAUGAUGUCAAGUGAUAUGGCCAUGUUCGAUCAACAUCAACAGCAGCCUUUACCACAGCAGAAGCGGCCUGAAUAUCCAAACUAUGCAAUCGAGGCGAAACGGCUUGAAAGCUACGAAGAUUGGCCGAAAUUUAUGAAACAGAAACCCAAGGAACUUAGCGACGCAGGAUUCUUCUAUACCGGCAAGAGCGAUCGAGUCAAGUGCUUCAGCUGUGGGGGAGGACUAAAGGAUUGGGAAGCAGAGGAUGAACCUUGGGAACAACAUGCCAUGUGGUAUAGUAAUUGUGAGUACCUGAAACUAAUGAAGGGUGAAGAGUAUAUCUCUCGGUGUUUGGCAAAGAAAGAUAACCCACCCCAGGCGGCGUCGGAGCAACUGCAAAGUCCUCAGGAUUUUGGCCCAUCAUGUUCGCCACAGCCUUCAACUUCCGGAGUAGCCUCUUCGGCAACCACCACCUCGCUUCCUUCGUCUCAAUCGUCCAGCCUAAGCACAUCGGUUGAAGACAUGAACGCCAGCGGCAGCACGCUCCGCAACAACAGUCAGUCUCCGACAGAUCAAACGGCUAGCAGUGGUAUCGAGGAGGACGAGGACGAACCAAAUCGCAAAUCGGACACGAGCCGAACGUGCAAAAUUUGCUAUGUUAACGAGUACAAUACGGCAUUCUCGCCCUGUGGUCACGUGGUAGCGUGUGCAAAGUGCGCUUCUUCUGUCACUAAGUGUCCUCUGUGCCGGAAACCUUUUACCAAUGUGAUGCGGAUCUAUCUUAUGUGAAAAUUUCAAAUAAAAGUGAGCGCAUUAAUCUAAACAAAAUUCGCGUUCUUCAUUUUCUUGCUUCAACCGGAAACUGGGGUGAUAUUGUGCAUCCUGAGAGGAAAUAUGUUUUUUUAUUUCGUUUUGUUUGCAUAAUGUGGCUCCUGAUUGAAUGCUGGAAUAAUUCCUCUGCCCUCACAGGGUCGGAAAUGUUGCCGGCCUGUGGGUACCACAACUGCAGAGAUUUGAUGAAGUGUUCGCUCGAAUCUGGUUCACGGUGUAUGCAUUGUUGACAGUGCUACUACUAAUUUGUACGCUUGAUAAACACUGAAAACUACAUAUUUGUAUAUAGUUACUUUUGGAUUUACAAAUAGACUAAGCACUUUAUACGAUAAAAAAUAAAAUAAAAAAUGGAAAAUUUGUAACUGAGA